UGACACUGGUUUUUUGGUUUAGCACGCUGCACGUUUGUUUUGAUUUUGUUGCCGCAGAAAUUGCAGUAAAAUGGCAAAGACCAAGAAAAAUGUGAGGGCCAAGGCGAAAAGCGUGGUGGGAGCGGCCAAGCAGAAGGCUCAGGACAUGCAGGGAAAGCUGCGCCAGGAACGCCUCCUUCACAAGACACUCACGCCCAAGAAGACGAUCACCAAGAAGGAGAAAUCUGAGGCGAAGCACAAGAAGCUGCUCAAACGAUUCGCCGAAACGCGCAAGGAUCGCAAGGAGGAGCAGGCGCGCAAGAAUCGCGAGAAGACCAAGGUCAUUGGCGAUCUAAAACCACUCCGGGAUGCCCUGCCCUCGCUGCAGGACAUCUAUAAACUGGUGAAAAGCAAGCAAAAGGAUGGUUCAGAACAGGCAGCGCUCACAGAACCAGAGAUUCCACUGAGUGCCAACGAGAAGAUUCGGAAAAAGCGCACAGACAUGGUCAACAGCGUGAAGUCCUUCGAGAAGCUCAUCAAGGACAAGAACUUCAAGAAGAAUCCCCGCGAAGUCAUUGCCUCCCAUGUGCGCAACAAGUACCAGGCGAUGGAGGAGGACGACGACGAAUAGAAGCCUUCAAUCACUUUAUUUUAAGUCAUAACUUUUAAGUACACAAACAAAACAAAGAUUGUAAAGAACUAUAGACGAAGAAAAUAUAAUACAAGAAAGUCACCCGUUGAGUGCCUCAAAAAAUAAAAACCAAAUUUAUGCUUCGAAA